AUGGAGUCUGUGAAGAAGUUUUAUACCACGGUUUGCGACAAGUCCGCCAGCACCAAGGCUGCCCCGGUCGAUGACCCUGCAGCUUUGCAAGAAAAGGUUAGUGAUAAGGAAGCCGGAUAUCCAACCGUCAACGAUGCCUCGAGCAACGAACAGGAGAAGCCUGCAGAGGAUGCUCAAGCGGGUGUGAAGAAGAUUGAGGCGGUGACUAUCGCCUGGAGCAAGAAAUCCGCCUACCUGUUACUAGUAAUGAUCUGGUUCCUUACCUUGGUCAAUAAUAUGCGAGGAUCUAUGACCUACAGCUUGAACGCAUAUGCGACGAGCUCUUUCGCUGGACAUUCGCUGCUAACCGUCAUCACUAUUGUGUCCUCGGCCAUGGCUGGCUCCAUCUAUAUCCCCAUGGCCAAGGCAUUGGAUCUGUGGGGUCGUGCCGAGGGUUUCCUCGUCAUGAUAACAUUUUGCGUUCUUGGCCUGGUUCUACUCGCUGCAUCCAAGAAUAUCGAGACUUACUGCGCUGGACAGGUUUUCUACUCCGUAGGCUUCGGAGGUCUGGUCUAUACAUGGGAUGUCCUUGCUACCGACGUGACCAAUCUGAGAAAUCGAGGUCUGGCUUUUGCUUUCACCUCAUCGCCAGCAUUGAUCUCCGCGUUUGCCGGAUCCAAGGCUGCUGGUGAGCUGCUUGUGCACUCCACCUGGCGUUGGGGCUAUGGCAUUUGGGCAAUCCUCGUGCCUGUGUUUGCUCUGCCAAUUUACUUCAUGUUGGCUUGGAACCUCCGCCAGGCGGAGAAAAAGGGCAUCCUCAUCCGUGAGAAGAAGAAGUGGGACAUCAGCCCUCAGGGCCUUUGGUGGUUCAUCAUCGAGUUUGAUUUACCCGGAGUUUUCCUCUUCGCUGGAGGCUUCAUCAUUUUCCUCCUUCCGUUUACCCUGGCGGCCAUGGCCCCUCACGGCUUCCAGACCGGCUAUAUUAUCGCAAUGAUUGUUGUUGGCUUAGUGAUGAUCAUUGCUUUCUGGUUCUAUGAGAUGUAUGUCGCACCGGUGCCGUUCCUCAACUAUAAGUUCCUCACCGACCGCACUAUCUUGGGUGCCUGUCUCUUGGAUUUGACAUACCAAGUCUCAUAUUACUGCUACGGCAGUUACCUCUCCUCGUUCCUACAAGUGGUGUACGAAUUGGAUGUGGCAACCGCCGGAUAUGUUGGCAACACCUUCAGUGUCGUCUCAUUUGUCUUCCUCUUCGUUGCCGGUUGGCUAAUCCGCGUGACCGGUCGCUUCAAGUGGAUUCUCUGGAUCUGUGUCCCGAUGUAUAUCUUUGGCCUGGGUCUUAUGAUCCACUUCCGUACACCAGGAGGUUACAUUGGCUACAUUGUCAUGUGCGAGGUCUUCUUUUCUGUUGCGGGUGGGGUAUUCAUUCUCUGCGUGCAACUAGCUGUCCUCUCCUCCGUUGAUCAUCAGCACGUCGCUGCAGUGCUUGCUUUGCUAUUCGUGAUGGGCAGCAUCGGUGGCUCAGUCGGUAGCGCCAUCUGCGGUGCUAUCUGGACGAACACAUUCUUGAAGAAACUUGAGCAGGUGCUCCCAGACUCAGCUCGGCCAAAGUUGAUGCUCAUCUACGAGAGUCUUGUUGAGCAGCUCAGUUAUCCGGUUGGAAGCCCGACCCGUGAUGCCAUUGUGGAGGCGUACGGCUACGCUCAGACUCGUAUGCUCAUUGCGGGCACAGUCUUUAUGGUUCUCGGCUUCGUCUGGGUUGGAAUGAUGAGAAACAUCAACGUUAAGAACAUGACUCAGACCAAAGGUAACGUGUUUUAA